GAUUAUGUUUACGGCGAGUCCCGUUUAACUAAUAGCGGUGGCGUGCGGGGACUAGUGGCUCACAAGAACAUCAAACCUACUAAAAAAAAAAAAAAAAAAGGGAGCUCAAAGCGGUCGCAAAACAAAACACUCAGUUUCCCAGGAUUACUUUCGAGACGGGAAGCGUCUCCCCUCGAUGUUCCGUUAAUGGCAGCAGGUUAUCGUUAGCCCGUCCUGGAGGAGCCGUAGGAUGCUGCGGAACACACCCUGGGCGUCUUUGGUCGGAAAAGGAGCACAAUCUUGGCUGAAAAUGUGGCGCAACUCGAGUCGACACCGACUGACCACAUCUGUUCGAGGUAACUGAUGACAGGGUCAAAAAUGUCCCUGCCCCUGACUGUGGUGGUGCUGGUGGUCCUGUCUGUGCUGCUGGCAGGAUCAAGCCAUGCAGGACCUGAGAUGGACCCGUACAAAAUAUUAGGAGUAACCAGGACUGCGAGCCAGGCAGAGAUUAAGAAGGUCUAUAAGCGUCUUGCAAAAGAGUGGCAUCCGGAUAAAAACAAAAAUCCAGGUGCCGAGGACAUGUUUAUUAGGAUUACUAAGUCCUACGAGAUCCUGUCCAAUGAGGACAAGCGUGCCACUUACGACCGCUACGGGCAGAUGGACGAUAGCCAGCCGUACGGUGGCGGUCGCUACGGCCAUCGCCAAGACGGCUUCUACUUCGAAGAGUCCUUCUUCAACUUCCCAUUCAACAGCAAGACCCACAGAGAUUUUGGCGACAGCAGGUACGCGCUGCACUUCAACCAGUACGUAAACGAGCUGGUGCCCGACAGCUACAGGAGGCCCUACCUGAUAAAGAUCACCUCUGACUGGUGCUUCAGCUGCAUCCACAUUGAGCCAGUGUGGAAGGAGGUGGUGCAAGAGAUGGAGAGUCUAGGUGUUGGAAUCGGUGUGGUUGAUGUUGGCUACGAGAGGCGGCUGGCCAAUCACCUGGGAGCUCACCGCACCCCGUCCAUACUUGGCGUUAUUAACGGCAAAGUGACGUUUUUCCAUUUUGCCGUAGCAAAAGAACACCUCAGGCAGUUUGUUGAGGACCUUCUCCCACAGAGACUUGUGGAGCGGGUGACUGACAAAAACGAGCAGCAGUUUUUGAACAGCUGGCACGAGCUCAACAAGCCUCACGUGCUUCUGUUUGACCAAGUGCCUUCAGUCCCUCUGCUGUACAAACUGGCGGCGUUUGCUUAUAAAGACUACCUACAGUUUGGUUAUGUGGACCAGGGUCUUUCAGAAACCGCCGACCUGCAGAAGCGCUUCAACAUAAACACCUACGCUCCGACCAUGCUGGUGUUUAAGGAGAAUGUCGGCAAACCCGCUGACAUCAUCCAGGCUAAAGGCAUGAAGAAGCAAAUCAUCGACGAGUUCAUGUCCAACAACAAGUUCCUCCUGGUGCCGCGGCUCGUCAACCAGAAGCUCUUCGACGAGCUCUGUCCUGUCAAGCAGUUUCACCGACGCAGGAAAUACUGCGUCCUGCUGAUCACCGACGACGAGGAGACCCUUUCCACUGGGAACCAGGCGUUCCUCUCCUUCGCGUCGUCCAACGCCAAGGAGGUGGUGAGGUUUGCGUACGUGUACCAGCGGCUGCAGCAACCGCUCUGUGACGCCCUCGUGGACGACAAAGACAGCUCGCCUUCGACGCCGCAGGUGGUGAUCCUGGAGAGGCGUAACGCAGCGGGUAAGGCGUUGUAUAAACUCGUCAGCAGCUGGAACGGCAGCGAGGAAGACGAGCGGCGUCUUCGAGCGGAGCUGGAGCGACUUCAGAAGGACCCGUCCAUCCUCGAACGCGACGCCGUCCUGCCCGAACUCAACAACGAGUUUGCCUCGAUAUUUGUGAUCCGGUGGGUCUACGCUUCAUAUGAUUACCUCUCCGAAGUCAUUGAUGAUAUUCUCCAUAACAACUGGCGAGAGAUGAUGCCUCUUCUGUCCCUCAUCUUCUCUGCUUUGUUCAUCUUGUUUGGGACUGUGGUCGUCCAGGCCUUCAGUGACUCAAGUGAUGAAAAACUAAUGAAACCAAAAUCAAAAGAAGCAGAAAAUGGAUCAUCAGAGACCAUCAGUACCUCCAGCCGGCCUCCUAAAAAGAACUUUGUGGAGGUGACGGAGCUGACGGACAUCACCUACAUGAGCAACCUGGUGAAGCUGAGGCCGGGACACAUGAACAUCGUCCUCGUUCUCACCGACGCCUCCAAGAACAUCCUUCUGAGCAAGUUCGCCAAGGAGGUCUACUCCUUCACAGGGAGUCUGACGCUGCACUUCUCCUUCCUGAACCUGGACAAGCACAGCGAGUGGAUGACCACGCUGCUGGAGUACGCUCAGGACGCCAUGCAGAUCGACGCCGACGAGGACGACGGGGGGAACCGGAGGGUCGACUACACGGGCUACGUGCUCGCUCUGAACGGCCACAAGAAGUACCUGUGCCUGUUCAAACCCGUCUACACGGGGGAGGACCACGACAGUAAGUCGUCGGAGGAUGAGGCGGGGGCGUCGGGGGGGAAGCCGAGGUCCGGUUCUCGCGACAAUCUCCCAGCGCGCAAAUCGAACCGCUCCCGCAGCACCGCCACCCUGCAGAUCCAUCACAAACUGGACCGCCUGGGCUUGUGGAUGGAGAGGCUGAUGGAAGGCACUUUGCCUCGUUACUACGUCCCAGCCUGGCCAGGACUCGACAAGAUCACCCCCAAAUAAAUAAAUCAAAGAAGAACUUUGUAUUCGUAUCCUGUCAGAGGAAAGUAGAAGGAAAGUUGUCUUUUCUUUUUACCAUUUAGAAGAGGUGCAGUUUUAAUCAAACAAGGUCAAUUUGACCUCCACUAGGGGGCGAUGUCCUUUACCUUCAACCCUGAGUGCAUGCUGUUUUAAACUGUUGGUCAUCAUGUUUCAUUCAAAUGCUGCAGCUACAGCCUCGUAAAGAUAAAAUCACUGUGGCCGCCUGCACUCCUGUUAUCACUAAAAGAGACGAGAAUGACUUCACAUCAGGACAAGAGGACAAAAGUGUCCCACGUUUUUAGACAGUAGCGUUCACACAAGAAAACUUGAACUUCCUGUUUGGAUCUUUGACCUUGUGCUUUAAAGCAGGCGUGAAGAAGAAAUCUGAUCUUCAUCUCCAUCGGACCACUUAAUAAACCAUUUAGCAGAGCCGUUAAAGAAUACUGUGAAGAUGCAUGUAAACUUAUAUUUGACCGUUUUUGCCUUUCAUGCAUCUCUGACCUUCUUUUUUUUUAAAUUAUUAUUUAUUUAUUAUUAAUUUGCUUGUGCAAUAGAGCUUACUGCUGUUAUGAUGAUGCCUUUAACUCUGGACCUCGAGGCGUUUUUUUUAUGGUCUUCUCGAUCAUGUUCUCUCACAGAAAAAAACAAAGAAACAUUUUAUUAGCUGCAUUAAAAUGGCUAAAACACAUUUUAAAAUGUGCACAUUUGAAAAAAAACUUUGAGAAAAAUCUUCAUCUUUUAACUUAAGUUUGUAGCUUUAUGUAGCAUCGAGCAAGCUAGCUAAUUUUUAGCCUUUAGCUAAUGAGAGUCACUGAAAUACCUUUAAUUUUUUAAACACUGAAAAUUGAAACUUAAGGCUUGAUUAUUUUUUCUUUGUAAUACUUGUGUUUUGUAUUUUGGCUUUUUCCCUCAUUCUGUCCUAAAAAAUCUUAUAACUACUUCCUGUAAAUAUUGCACAUAAUGUUAUUUAUAGGAUAUUUAUUUUGGAAUCAUCUAAAGACUGAGAUGAUUACAUGACGAUACUCAGACAUGUGGUUAUGUUUUUGUUUUGUGUAUCAGUAAGUUAUGCUGCUGUCAGAUGUUCUCGGUUGUCUUCAGUGCAUUUAUUGUCUUGUUUGUUGUAAUAAAAUCAUUUCGGUUCACUGA